CUGCAUCGCACCCGCCCGAGCCGCCUUCUCUUCUCCAGCGUCCGAUCUCCCACUCGCCGCAGUCACCGCAGCUCGCUCUGCUCGCUCGCUUCCCCACCUCGCCCCCGCCCUCCCCGCGCGCUCGCCACCUCGCCUCCCGGUCGCUCGCGCUUAUAUAAGGAGGAGCGCAUGGCGGACGGCCCGGCGAGCCCCGGGGGCGGCGGUGGGAGCCACGAGAGCGAGAGCCCCAGGGGCGGCAGCGGGGGUGGCGGGGGCGGUGUCAGGGAGCAGGACAGGUUCCUGCCCAUCGCCAACAUCAGCCGCAUCAUGAAGAAGGCCAUCCCGGCCAACGGGAAGAUCGCCAAGGACGCCAAGGAGACCGUGCAGGAGUGCGUCUCCGAGUUCAUCUCCUUCAUCACCAGCGAGGCGAGCGACAAGUGUCAGAGGGAGAAGCGGAAGACCAUCAACGGCGACGACCUGCUGUGGGCGAUGGCCACGCUGGGGUUCGAGGAUUACAUCGAACCCCUCAAGAUGUACCUCCAGAAGUACAGAGAGCAUACGGACUGAUAAGUGGCCCACUUCACUCCCGAUGCUUCUGGUACCUAUUUAUUGCUUUAGUUGAGGAUAUAAAGAAGUCCCUGUGUUCCUAAUAGUAAACACUGCUACUAAAUAUAGUUCCUGAAAGAGUUUUUGCCCCUAGGUAAUGUUGUCUUGGGGUCUGUUUGCAGUUGCUGUACUAUUCAGUGAUGCGCUAUGGAAUCUAGUUAGUUAGAGGAGCAUUUACCAAUUCUAGUGGGAUUUUUGCUGUUACAUAUAAAAAAAAAAGAUGCUUCCAACUAACAACUGUACCCAAAAUAAGAAAUAAACAAGCGAUUUUGAAAAGCCACCUCAGUGCCAAAAUGUUGUGGACGUUUUUGUCGGAUGGACAUACAGGUGGAGAAACAAAGAGAAGGCAAAGCCGGCGUCCAUGUGAGGGUCGGUUGGAGAUGUGCUGCCGUAGAGAUAAGUUAUAGAUAAAUUAGCAUUGGUUAGAUUCAUUAGCUUAGAGAUAAAGAUUGUUAGUAGUUCAAAUUAGAAUUGGUUAGCUAGAGAUAUGGUUGGUUAGCAGUUAAGUUGGAGGUAUGGAUGUAAUCGGGCGCCAGCUAGCUCUAUAUAGAGGGGCUGGAAUUGUUCGGCAGGAGGGUAUUCAAUAAAGUUUAUAGUUCACGUAAUCAGUUGCUCAGAGCCUCCUUGCAAGGUGAGUACGUUCUGUAUCCCUAGCCAUAUCAUCUUUGGUAUUAGUCUAGGGCGAUCCUGUGACCAUGGCCGACAUCACGUCCAGUGGUAGAGCUUGAAGAAGAUUGUUAAGGGGGCCAAGCUAAGAGAUAGACCCAAAUGCACAAUAAAUCUGGUGUUUUUGUUUGCAUGUAGCUGAUGAAUAUUAGAGUUUUCUAAAUAAAAUUUCUAGCCCGGGGGGGGGGGGGGGGUUCAUGGCCACUGGCCACAAGGAAGCUCCGCCCCUGAUCACGUCCAAUCUUGAUCGGAUCUUGCUCGCCGUCGACCUCCAUAGAGAUGAAAUUGCUCACAUCCAGACCCAGUUUUCCUCUCUCAAUGUGGUGGUCAGUCAUCCGUAGAGUCGCCAACUUGCCCAUGAGGCUGGCAACAUAGGCAUUGGAGACGCCGGGGCCUCUGCCCAGUUUGAGAUCACAAUCCGCUCGGGGCUCUAGCGUCCAGAUUGCUCGGUCGGGUACACACGCCCACAAGCUUCGCUUUCUGGACUACGAUGGCAAGGAAGAUUCGAUCAUCUGGCUUCAUCGCCGCGAUCAAUUCUUUCUCACCCAACGAACACCAGAGGAGAAGAAGGUUUGGUUGGCCUCCUUCUACAUGACUGGCUUCGCGCGCCAGUAGUAUUAUCGACUGGAGCUCAAUCAGGGAGCUUAUGCAUGUACGACGCACGGGGACGGUAGAAGAGUACCAAGAGCAGGUCUUGACGCUUCUGUCAUGCUACGAUGGUGUCACGGAAAUGCAGCAAGUAAACAUCUUUAUGGCUGGCCUUCGUAACCCUUUGCGUACUAACGUUGAGCUGUAGCGUCCGACAACAUUGGAGGACGCCAUGAAUUUGGCUCGUGCCUUCGCUUGACGCCUUGAGCUUGAAGAUGACAUGCACGCAUCGAGUGGGCCGCCCAUGGUUCACCCUCCACUUUCCGUCCUGAUCGGUCGUAGCACUGCUGCCGCAACAAGACUAUCCAAGGGUACGACACCCCAUGCUUCUACAUCGGUUGCAUCUACAACAGCCUCGGUCACACCUCUACGUAUUGUGCUGCCUGCGGGUACCCAAUUUUCACGAUUGUCACCAGUGGAGAUGGCGGAUUGGCGCCUCAAGGGCCUUUGCUUCAAUUGCCCGGAGAAGUUCUAGAAAGAACAUUUGCAACAUUGUACAAUGAAGGGUAUCUACUUGCUCGAGCUUGAAGACGACAUUGUCCAGGAUGAUGAUGCCACAUACGCUGGUCCUGAGAUAUCUAUGCAUGCCAUCACUAGCAUUGUGUCCAGUCAGACGAUGCACCUGGUAGUUGAGGUGGUCGGCCAGACCUUGCGCGGCUCGUGGAAACAGGGUCCACGCAUUCCUUUGUGGCCGUUCACACAACGCGACAGCUUGGCCUUACUUCAGUGCCACAGCCGAGCCUGACGGUUGGCGUGCCAAUGGUGACCGCCUCCCUUGCUCAGGAAUUUGCAAGAAUGCUUCAAUUGGGAUUGGCGGCGAGAGUUUCUGCAUCAACCUAUAUGUAUUACCCUUGGAAGGAUAUGAGAUCGUCCUCGGCGUUCAAUGGUUGCAAACUUUGGGGCCGGUUCUAUGAGACUUUGAGCGUCUGUCCAUGUCAUUUUGGUGCAACAAUCACCGUGUGCAGUGGGUCGGGAUGGACGCCGUGUCAGCACCUCUCCUUCACAUGCUACAGUUCGCUGAUCUCCUCAGCUUACUGCUCGCUGGGUUUGUGGAUAUUUUUUAGGCUCCCCAAAGUCUUCCCCCUCGAUGCCGUUUUGAUCACCACGUCCAUCUGUUGUCGGGAACUGCGCUAAUUAAUGUUUGGCCCUAUCAGUACCCCCAACUGCUGAAAGAUGAAAUUGAGCGCCAAUGCAUUGAGAUGUUACAGCAAGGGAUCAUUCGGGGAAGUACAUUGGCAUUCUCUUCACUUGUCCUUGUAUGCAAGCACGGUGAGUCAUGGUGUUUUGUGUAGAUUAUCAUGCCUUGAACACCAAGACGGUGAAGGACAAGUUUCCAAUUCCUGUCAUCAACAAGCUGCUAGAUGAAUUAAAAGGUGUGCGAUUCUUUACCAAAUUGGAUCUUCGAAGCGGAUAUCACCAAGUCCAGAUGCAUCCACCAAACAUUGAAAAGAUGGCAUUCCGCACUCAUCAAGGGCAUUAUGAAUUUUUGGUGAUGUUUUUCGGUCUCACAAAUGCUUCACCCUUUCAAGCGCUCAUGAAUGAUGUUCUCAAGGCCUUCAUUCGUCAGUUUGUGCUCGUAUUUUUUUAUGACAUCUUGAUUUAUAGUGUUUCAUGGUCUGAGCAUCUUCAACAUAUUCGGGUGGUAUUUCUCUUGAUGAGCGAGCACCGACUGUCAGUUAAGCGAUCCAAGUGUUUGUUUGGCGAACAACAGGUAGCAUACAUGGGCCAUAUUGUGUCGAGCUAAGCCGUUGCCAUGGAUUCGGCGAAAAUGGAAGCUGUUUAGGCGUGGCCGACACCAACCAUGGUAUGCGCUCUCUGGGGUUUCCUUGGCCUUACGGGGUACUACCGAAAAUUCAUCAAGGAGUACAACGUUGUAGCUUAGCCAUUGACCCAAUUGUUGAAGGAAGCAUUUGUGUGGACGUCCGAGGCGGAUCACGCGUUUGACGCGUUGAAACAAGCUCUCACGGAAGGUCCAGUGUUGCAACUUCCGGACUUCGAUCACCACUUCGUUGUAGACUAUGACGCAUCUGGUUUAGGUUUUAGUGCGGUGCUUCAUCAGAGUAAUGACCCCAUAGCAUUUUUCUGUAGGGUUGUAGCUCCUCAUCAUGUGAAGCUGGCCACCUAUGAGCGUGAUCUUAUCAGGCUUGUCAAGGAGGCGCGACAUUGGCGACCAUAUCUCUGGGCACAACCGUUUGUGGUCUGCACAGAUCACUACAGCUUGAAGUAUCUCUUGGAUCAGCGCUUGUCGACCAUCUCGUAACACACAUGGGUGAGCAAGCUGUUUGGAUACGCUUUUUCAGUGGAAUUUCACUUGGGUUGACAGAAUGCGGCAGCAAAUGCGCUAUCGCGCCGCGAUGAAGACAAGACCUCCUUGCAUUCCUUGUCAAUGCCGGAGUUCUCGCUCUUUCAGGAGGUGUUGUAGGAGGCCGCCUCCCUCUUGGAAGUAUUGGCUAAGAAGGAGGAGAUGAUGGUAGGGACGACUGGGCCAGUGUGGUCAGAGGUUGACGGCUUUGUUCUCCAUAAAAGCUGCAUUUUCGUGCCAUCUUCUUCAACUUUAUGGCCACGCAUAUUAGCAGCAACACACGUGGCCGACCAUGAGGGCGUGCAGAAGACUCUACACCGACUGCGUGCCUCCUUCAACCCACACAUCACCAAGCUUGUCUACGACUUCGUCCAAGGGUGUGUUGUAUGCCAACGCAACAAGACGGAACACCUUCAUCUAGUAGGACUCAUGCAACCCUUGGAAGUUCCUCGAGGGGUUUGGUCGACAUAGCAAUGGAUUUCGUGGAAGGAUUUCCAAAGGUGGGAGGCAAGUCCGUGGUGUUAACAAUGGUUAAUCAGUUUUCAAAAUAUGUGGAUUUUAUUGCCUGGGGUCACCCAUACACAGCCACGACGGUGGCUCAGGCAUUCUUCGAUCACAUUGUGUGGCUCCAUGGAAUCCUUUGUUCCAUUGUGAGCGAUCGGGACCCCGUGUUCACCAGCACUUUCUAGAUGGAGUUGUUCAAACUUACGGAAAUCAAGUUAUAGCUUCGCUCAGCAUUUCAUCCACAAACGGAUAGCCAAUCGGAGGUGACGGAUUGCAUUUUGGGCGUUUAUCUGCGUUGUCUUUAUUUGCGUUGUCUCACCGGGGAUGGUUGUUGUGGACGGUGUCGGUGAAUGAAAACCGUAAGCGGGGAUCCUGAGGGAUCCCCUUUGAGAUUCGGCCGGGGGGUUGAUUCUGGAUCUACCUCGUACGUGGGGUUAAUGCGAAUGUAUGGGACUUAGGCGGGACGAAUGAUCGUCGGUUAGUAGGAGUAAAUGCACAAGAGAUUUAGACAGGUUCGGACUGCACAGAGGCGUAACACCCUACUCCUGUGUGUCUGAUGUGUUAUUAAUGCUCUUGGAAUGCCUUUCUUUGGAUCUCUGUGUUACAGGGUUUUUUUUGUCUCUUGUUGGCUUGUCUUCAAGGUGUUGUGAGCCUCAAACUCCAGUGAAGGUCUGUGUGAACUUCUAACUUCGGGUCUAUCUGAGUCUAUCUUUCUACGAAGUGCUCCCCCUUUUAUCUACCAGGGGGAGGCCCUCCCAGACGUGCCCAGAACGAGGGCACAAGUUCCCAUAAACAAUAAAUAGAAAACAACCAUCAUGGGUCUACAGUCUGAUGUUCCAAGGGGUUGAAAAUGCACCCCUCGGACGGUCUCGUCGGUCUUUUACGUCCCAACUUUAGCAGGUGCAGGGGAGGGGGCCUAUCGGCCAGCCACUGAGUAUCCUCUCAUGCCGGUCCGGUCAGAGUAGGUCUGACACGGUCUGAUGCAACGGGGUGAUGGGCGAUAAUCCUUGAGCCCAUCGCAGAUAUCUUCAAGCCGUCUUCCUUCAUGAGCUCCGCGGAGGGACACGCCAUGGGACCCGUCGCAUUAAUUGUUCCAACGUCAUCCUGCCAGGCGGUGGCAGAGACUGACGUACUCGGUACAACAGACGUGGGGGGAGUGGUUGGAUGUGACCGGUCACGCUCUCCCUUAAAUGCAGCAUCGAGCCUCCCACCGUUCGACAUCUCAUCGUGGAGUCCUUGUGGGGUUCACCAGCAAGGGGCUUCUCAGGUCCUCGGGGAACUCUGGGUACUCGGGGACUAACUGUUCUUAGCCCCGAGCACCCCCUCCCGG